AUGGCAGACGCAGAAACGCCGCGCCGAAAAGGGAGCGAGUCUGCGUUGCGGAAGCGGACGAUCCUGUUAAGCGAGGGAGAGAACAGGAACAGCACGGUUCUUGCAGCAUGCUAUUCGGACAGGCUUCCUGACCCGAAUCAGAAUCAAAUUCUUGCAGUCUGUGCUGUCACCCAGAAAGAUCGGAAAGAUGUGGAGGGACAAAAGGUUCAAAGGCUCACCUUUGUUGUUGACAAGAACACGAAAUCGCUAUCGAACCGACAUCUUGUUAUUUAUUGUGAUUCUGAAACCCAGUUAUUGGAUGCGCUUGCGUCGCAUAUUUUAAAUGAAGAUCCUGACGUCUUGAUCGGGUUCGAAACUCAAAACUCUUCAAUCGGAUAUAUUCUGGAGAGGUCAGCCGCAAUCAAUCAUUCAUUCCAACAAUCUUCAUCUCGGUGGGCGAAAGGAACAAACUUCAAUUCGGAGAAUCGCCAACGGCAAGGCAACAAUUCUGCAGCAGCGGCAUACUACCAUCGAAAAGGUGCUGACAUAAAGAUUACUGGAAGACAUGUCCUAAGUCUGUGGCGUAUUGUCCGCAAGGAGGUCAAGUUGUCAGCGUAUUCUCGAGAAGCUGUAGCAUCAGAGCUAUUCCAGACAACAUUUCCAAAGCACACGAGCAGGGAUUUGGAAAAGUGGCUAACGUCAACAAGGCAUUCGGGUCGCGCCAUAUGUCAUCUGGAGCGGCUAGCAUCAUUAAACCUGGCCAUCUCCAAUAAGCUGAACAUCUUGAAUCGAACGGGAGAACUUGCUCGAGUAUUCGGGAUAGACUUUAUGAGCGUUCUCACACGAGGAAGUCAGUUUCGCGUGGAAAGCAUGCUUGGACGUGUCAGUCGUACAAGCGAUUACCUACUUUUGGCCGCUCCACGUGAAGGAGUUUUUCAGCAACCUGCUGUGGAGGCCCUACCGUUGGUUAUGGAACCCCAAUCAGCUCUUUACGUAGAUCCAGUCAUUGUCCUAGACUUUCAAAGUUUGUACCCCUCUGUCAUUAUUGGGCACAAUCUCUGCUAUAGCACAAUGCUGGGAAACGUAAACAGGGUCAUGACAUGGUCAGAAUGUCGCCGAAUUGGUGUGAUUCCAAAGUACGUUCCUCCUGCACUUGAUUCUGAAACAUCUAUUCCAAUGGAAAACAUUUAUGUUUCCUCAAGUGGAGAGAUGUUUGUAGAUUCUUCUAUCCGGCGCGGUAUUUUGCCGCAGUUGCUCGAGGAGCUUCUUGAAACUCGCGUGAUGGUGAAGAAGUCAUUGAAGGGAAUAGUCAAUGAUGAUGUGACAGCGGGUCUUCUGAAUGCACGACAAUUCGGUCUUAAGAUGAUUGCAAACGUAACAUAUGGGUACACGGCCGCUAGCUUUUCAGGUCGGAUGCCUUGUUCAGGUCUUGCAGACGCAAUAGUACAGUGUGGACGGGAUUCUCUUGAAGAGAUUGUGCGCUAUGUCGAAGAGGAGCUCAAGGAAGAGACUGGAGCAACAGUCGUGUACGGGGAUACGGAUUCUCUGUUCGUGAAAGUGCCAGGGGCAACCAGAAACGAAGCGUUUGAUGUUGGUGAGCGAAUUGUCAAGAAAGCUUCUGAAAUGUUCCCUGACCCGAUAACCUUGAAGCUCGAAAAAGUGUAUCAACCCUGUAUUCUACAAACGAAAAAGCGAUAUGUUGGCUACAGCUACGAAUCACGGGACCAGGCCUUGCCUAUCUUCGAUGCGAAAGGAAUUGAAACAGUUCGUCGCGAUUCAUGUCCUUUGGUGCAAAAAGCUCUUGAGAAGGCUAUCAGGCUGCUGUUUGAAACGAAGGACGUGUCCAUCGUCAAGCAAUACAUACAGAGACUAUGCCAAAAGCUCCAUUUGGAUCGAGUGCCGUUUUGCGACUACAUUUUCCGCAAAGAAGUAAGACUGGGAUCAUACAAAGAGGGUCACUUGCCGCCUGCAGCGAUCGUGGCUACGAAAGCGAUGGAGCACGAUCCGAGGUCUGUACCUCGUCAUGGUGAACGAGUCCCUUUUGUUGUCUUAUAUGACAGGCCAGGGGCGCCUCUGAGGGAUUGCGUGGUGUCCCCUGAAGACUACCUCGACUCGGCUCGACGUGGUAUGGCGCGUCUGAACACAACUUACUACAUCACAAAACAGAUUUUGCCAACACUUAACCGUGUAUUCAGUUUGAUCGGAGUCCGAGUGUCAGCGUGGUACGCAGAGAUUCCGCGGCCACAGUUUGAGCCAAUUCUAUCACCGACAGACCCAGAUAGGAAACGAGCACGCUCCAAGCAAAGCAGUUUGCGAAUGUUCUAUACAACAGAAAGAUGCAUUUUGUGUCACGGCAAGGGCGUCAAUCAGCAGGUGUGCAGAAACUGCUUACAAAACACCAGCGGAAUGCAGGCAUCGCGGUACCUAUUGAGCAUGAGAGGGCGGGAACAGGAACGGAAUCGGUCGUAUUUGCUGCGGAAAUGCUUUGCCUGUGUAGAUGGCCCCGUCGAUGGAGCUCGAGACGUAUCCUGUGGAAACGUGACGUGCGUAGUGUUUGAUGGUCUCUCUGUUGUGGAUCGAAAGAUUGAAGGCCUCCGGCAUGUCCUCGACGACCCGAACAUCUGGACCCUUUGA